GCCAAGCGAGAGUGGUGGGCGGAGCUCCUCGGCCCGAACGCUAUAUAAGCCUCGGCCGCAUCGAGGAAAGCGAUAUCAGUGCAACUCCUUCGCUGCAGACAUGAAGCUCCUCCUGCUGGCGUGCGUUGCAGCGGCAUACGGGAGCCCCCUGAGAGGCAGAUCGAACUCCGCAUCGGUGUAUGACUACUAUGACUUCCUAGACAUCCCGCGGACGCAGCCGGUGGCCCUGGCGAGAGCCGAUGGGCCUCCUCCCCGACGCCCCCCGCCCCCCCGCCACCAGGCCCCCUGGCGCCCCCCGCCUCAGAAGGCCAGCUUCCGGCCCUCUCCACUCAGGGCCGAGGACUACCAGCUGGCCGGCUCUGAGAUCUUCCACCCGCAGCCGCAGCCUCUCCCGCAGUACCGCGCGAAGCCCAGGCCGCAGCCGUACCACCGCCCGCGGCCGUCCUACCAGACGGACAAGCGCCGGCGGCCCGAGCCUCCCGUCUCGUACCGGGAGGAGCCCGUCUACGUGGUCGAAGAGCCGGUCUACGCUGCUCGCCCUCACUUCGAGGAGGACCUUGUGAGCUACAAGGACGACCCGAUUGUGUACCACGAGGAGCCCGUCGCCUACGUGGAGCGGCCGCAGUUCCACGACGAUCUCCCGGAGUAUCACGAAAAACGCCCGUCUUUCCAGAAUGAGCGUCCGCCAUACCAAGAGCGACCACUCUACCAAAGCGAGCGGCCACAGUACCAGGAGGAACGGCCACAAUACCAGGACGAAAGGCCACAAUACCAGGAGGAACGGCCACAAUACCAGGACGAAAGGCCACAGUACCAGGAGGAGCGUCCUCAGUACCACGAGGAACUCGAGCAGUACCACGACGAGCCGCCACAUUACCAAGAGGAGCGCCCGUCCUCGCGGCCGGAGCGGCCCGCCUACGAGGAGCAGCCCCGCGAGAAGGAAUUCCGCCGGCCGCCCGCCAACGACUUCGCGCCCGCCCUCAAGGAGGAGGAGAGCGUGAAGGAGAAGCGGCAGGUGGCGCACGGCGGCGGCCACUUCGACGAGGCUGGAGAAAAGUUUGCUGCCGACGCUGCAGCGGUUGAGAACGCCAAGGGCGCCGGGCGCCUGGCCUUCCAGAUCCACGGCCAGCAGGGCCCGCACUCCUACCGCUUCGGCUAUGACACCGGCAAAGGGAAAAACCGUCAGUUCCGCUACGAGGAGCGGGAUGGCUACGGGCAGGUGCACGGGCGCUACGGCUUCUACGACAAGGACGGCAAGCUGCAGGUGGUCAACUACUCGGCCCACCCGGAGCACGGCUUUUCCGCCGACGUCCCCAACCCCUGAGCCGCUGUCCGGGCCGAGCACAAGCUGACCCGUCGUUCUGGCCAAGGUCUCUCUAGGUACAUGGAGGCCUUGGUUCCGCGUCCCUCCGCGGCGCUCGUCACACCGCGGAAGCGCUGGCUCAGGUUGUGCUCCACCACCUAUUGUUAUUUCCCACCCGAUGUUUUGAAGCCAAAAGUGUCUGAGAGUAGUCCGUAGCCACGACAUCGUGUCUAGUCAGGUGGAGGAGGUGAGUUUGUGUCCACUCGAGGAAUGAUCUUCCUAUGAGCACACGAACCACCCUUCCACUGUUCUAUAAACCAUCUUGCACGGUUAGAAAACACGUCUACACACCCACACCCACCCACCCAUCCACCCAUGCACACAUCCACAUCCACACACACACACACACACACACACACACACACACACACACACACACACACACACACACACACACACACACACACACACACACACACACACACACUCUCACAUUAAACUUUGCUUCCAUUCAUACCACAUAAUCACAACAGCUAUUACUCUCUCGGCGCACCGUUCAUGCACCUUAAUUUCCUCUUCCAGAAGUUAGCUGGCUCGUGACAUUUCCACAGUACAACACUGGUACAGUUGCUACUACUUUAUGUGAAGCCGCUGGCUGCUUGUUAUCAUAAACUGCAAUAAUUUAAUGUUUACACUAUUUAAUUUUAUGUUGUUGAUUCUGAUGUUGUUUUGAGAGGGCUGGAACCCUACUUUUGUACAAAAAUAUAUGA